AUAUAAAAAUGUGAUGCUUCCAUUAGAAAACAAACUGUUACAAAUGUGAAAACGACCUCAUUUUGCCCUUACCAAAAUGGCGAUCUGAAGUUGCUGUUUACCCACGCUAAAUGAAUCGCGUUUAAAUGACGUAACCCAUGAAAGCGCAAGAGAUGAUAGCUCAGUUUUACUGCGAAGACAGCAUUUUACAUAUGGAUUACUCUUGCGUAUUUCAGACGUUUUAGUUUAUUCACAGUAAGCAGCUAUUACAUCGUGUCCGUUGAACGUAUGUUGCAUGAUCCUUUAGAUCUUACCUGAUUUUCCCAAUUACAGUUUCUGAAGUCCAGCUGACGCCUGUGAACUUACUGAUGAGUGAUGAGAUGUAGCAGUUUGUGUUCGCCUAUAGUUCAUUGUGAAGAAGAUAAUUUAACAACAUCGCAGCGAUCUCUGGGAGAUUAAAAGGACAUCGAUAUGGCAAGUGUACAGGAUAAUAACCUUGAAUGUACAAACCAUGAAAAUGAAGUUGCAAAGAAUGAAAAGGAGCAGACUGAAACAUUGUCUAAAAGGCAAAGGAAAAGACUUCUCAAGAACCAGCAGUGGGAAGAACAGAGAGAACUUCGCAAGCAGAAGCGGAAAGAGAGAAAACAGCAGCGGAAGCUUGAGAGACAAGCGCAGGCUGAAGAUGGUGUUGAGUGGACAGGAAAGAAGCGUAUGCGCAGAUCUGCAGAGCCCAGCUCUCUUAGGCUGGUGAUUGACUGCAGCUUUGAUAGCCUUAUGGUGCUCAAGGAUGUCAAGAAACUUCACAAGCAGAUUCAAAGGUGCUAUGCUGAGAACAGACGAAUACAACAUCCUGUUCAGUUUUACCUCACAAGUCACAGAGGUCAGCUAAAGCGGAUCAUGGAUGAAAUUAACAAAGGUUGGGUGAACUGGAAGGAUGUCCAUAUCAAGACUGACCCAUUUCAUGAAAUCAUGAGCAAGGAGGACCUGGUCUACCUGACCUCAGAUUCGCCCAAUGUCCUGCAAGAACUGGAUGAGGCCAAAGCUUAUGUGAUUGGGGGCCUGGUGGACCACAACCACCAUAAAGGAGUCACUUUUGAUCUUGCUAAAAAGCUUGGCAUUGCCCAUGCUCAGCUUCCGCUGGGCAGUUUUGUCAAGAUGAAUAGCCGCAAGGUUCUGGCAGUCAAUCAUGUUUUUGAGAUCGUCCUAGCAUUCCUGGAGAAACAAGACUGGAAGGAAGCAUUCUUCACUGUUCUGCCACAGAGGAAGGGAGCUAUGCCAGUGGAGCUGGGACAGGGCAAUAAUGAGGAGGAAGACUCUGAUCAAGACUCAGACAUUAACAGUGUUGUUUCAGAAAAGAGAACUGAGCAGCAAACAGGACAGUAGAAAAGAAACCUUUGCUAACCCAUUCGGACUGCAGUGAGCAAAACGCAGCAUAGAUGGACAUAACAUAUUUAUGCUGCCUUGUGUUUGUGACAUUUUUAGUUCUGAUUUGUUUAAGCUUGAUAUCUUGGUUGUUAUUGAAAUGCUUUAUGCAAAGAUUUGAACUGAAUGGUUGCAAUUUUUGUUAGUUUGUUACAAUUUUGAUGAAUAUCAAACUCUGUCAUUGUUUUAUUUAGGUAUUAAAACAAUUAUCUUAUAUUAUCCACUGUUGUUUUUAUUAAAAUAAAAUAAAUCAGCUAAAGGUUUUGUUCAUAAAAUGUU